AGCAGUUGGCGGUGCCGGAGCGCGGCCGGCCAGCUUUGUUUUGGGAAGCUGGCACGCACGUGCGCGCUGAGCCCUCCCCCCGGCUCCCCGCACCAGCCUGUCAGCGGCUCGGCUCCGCGCGCAGCCCCGGGAUGGGGGUUCGGCUGCGAGCUCCCGUGUCGGUGCGGCCGGACCCGAGCUCCCCGGUGCCGCUGCCCGCGGCGGAUCCCGACGAACGGCGCAAAGAAUCGGACCGUGUUGAGGGGGGUCGAGCAAAACCUGUUGCUCUCUAACCCCUCUUCUGCUGGGGUUCGGGCUGCCCCGGCUAGCUCGGUGUCCUUGUCGCACUUCCUUGCCCGUGUCCCAGCGGGGCUCUGCCGGAUGAGCCCUGGCAAGGCUUGCUGAAAAGACAAAACACGUUCUCGCCCUGCCUCUCUCUCAGGUGACCGCGGUCCAGCAGCAGAGCUGGCAGGAGCUCAUCGCUGCUGUGCCUAAAGGCCCGUAAUUCCUUUCGGUGUGCUACUUUAAGCUAUGGAUGAGUAUCUUACGAGUGCUGCGCCAAGACAGUUCUGCUGUCACCCGGGAGAGCCAGGCCAGCUGUGGGCUGGUACCUGUUCUGCUCUACAAACCCCUCUUUGGGGGUUGUAGCUGAGCUGAGUGAACCGCUGAGAUGUCACAACUUGCACAUAACCACAGUGCCCCCGAGUUACACCCUGCACACAUCGUUCUUGCACUGCUCAGUCCCUUUGUCUCCUCUAGCGAGCUGGUGUUGUAAGUGCUGCUCACCUGGGGGGAAAUGGGAGUACCAAGGGGAGCACUGAACACAGCCUUAUGAAAUUAUUAUUAAUGUCUCCUUUAGGCCUGAAAUUCCUCUUGCUAGUCUUCCGUUCUGUUAAAUGCUUCGCAAACCAGAGCAAAGGAAGAGACAAGAAGAGUUGAAUUUCACUGCCUUGUUUGGAACUGGGUGGAAAUCCUGGAGAUGGAUCUCUUAGGAGUCUGUCUUCCAAUUGGGUUAGAUGCACAGGAGCAAUGGAUCGCCCCAGCUACCUGGAAGAGGAUUAUUCUAGCCUGGAUGGGCUGGACGAUGACGUGUUUCACUCUGAUGACUUUGGACUUGCAGGUCAGCCUGGUGAGAUGACUGCAACUGGCAUUUUCACACAGAACCAGUCCUACAGCUGUCUUCUGGGGAGGUUUCAACUAUUCCCCCUCACACACUGCUGUGGUCCCGGUAUCAGGCAUCCUGAGCAGCAGGACAAGGCAACUCAAACACUCAGCCCGUCCUCUUCCAGUCAGGAUGUUAUGUUGCCUUGUGGAGUCACUGAAGAGCCCCGGAGACUCUUCUAUGGGAAUGCUGGUUACCGUUUACACAUCCCUCCAGCUGACUUUGUGUUGGAUCCGCACCUCCAAGAGGAGCCUCAGGAAGGUCAGCGGGAAGCGCGUGCCGAGGUGCAGAUUGCACGGAAGUUGCAGUGCAUUGCUGACCAGUUCCACCGGCUCCACAUACAGAGGCAUCAGCAGAACAGAAAUCAAGUGUGGUGGCAGCUUUUUCUCUUCCUACACAACUUGGCCUUAAACGCAGAGGUGAACAGGAACCACACUGGGCAGAGGUGAGCUUCGCCUGCCUGUUUCAGGCCGCAUCCAGUCUGCAGGGAGCACUGAACAAACACUGGUUCGGGGGCGAGACAUUGCACACCGCCGGCCGGAUGUGAGGACUCUGAAUUUCUGACACUCGUCUUCAAGUUUGAGGGUUUUUACGGACUCUUCUUUGCCGCUGCCUGCCUCGUGAGGCAGGGAGCUCUUGUCCAACACUGUCGAAGGAAAGCCAGAAUGUGGGUGUGUUUGGUAAAGCUUGCUGCUGGUUCCUCGCGCCAGUGACCUCUGUGCAAGGGAGGCAGGUAUUAGACUAAGAGCUUCCUCUGCCCUGUGUGCUAGUCAGUGGUAGAGUGCAGGAGUGUCAUUUUGGCUGCUAGUUAAAAAUGAUGCCUGGGAUUGAUGACUCUAAACAUGCUUUGGGUAUCUUCCAGAGCAGAGAUGCUCGAUUCCUCCUCAAAGAAAGUUCUUUUUAGUAAUGAAAACAUUCAAGUAUCUUAUACCCAUCAAGUUACUUGUUUUCUGCAUGGGUUACUGUUUAUUUCCCUGCAUGCUGUGUGAGAGAACAUCAGAAAGAAAUCUGAUCUCUUCAGUCUUUCCACUGGGCACCAGUUGCAGUUUUCUCAUAUGAAGUUGUUCUUUGUCAUUACCAUCAAUACAAAAAAUCAUUUCAGUAGAACAGUCUUAAAAUUAAACCUUGCGGGGGUUGCUGGUGGCUAUUAGUUUCUGCCACUGUUUUUUUCCAGUUCAGUGUUCACAGUGCCCAUGAGCCAGCAUAAAGCCAAAAACCGUAGAAUAUGGCACAAGCAUCAUUCUUCUACAAUGCUAAUGUAUAUGUUUUUAUUAGUUUUAUCAUGGGUGUUUGUUUUGGUUUUCUUUUCUUGUACUAUAAUAUGGUUGGUCAGGAAGGCUUAGGUCCCAGGCAUCCGAUAGUUUUGCUUCAGGAUUUGACAGGGAAAUUAAUUAGCAACUAGUCUGACCUGUACACUGUAUAAGCAGUCUGUCCAUUACUCUAAUGUGUAAUGUUUGGAGGCUACUGUAAGCAUAUUUGACUAGCAGCAGUAGUAUGACUUCAAGGGAGAUCUUUUAACAGUUCCCAGUUUGUAUCACUCAGAAGUUUGUCCACACGACUGGUACUAUUGGACGAGCACAGGAAAAUUACCCUACCAAAAGGAAGUAGCCUUAAAUAUCGAUUGCUACUCUCUGUAGCCUUAACUAUCAUUAGUUCAUAAACCCAGUGACAGCUAGGGUAAAACACAAACAGAAAGGCAAUACAGACUGUAUUUUCUUCAGACCAUUUCCGCAUUGCCACUGCACCUUGUUGUAGGCCUCAAAUGAUACCAGUAUGAGGAAAAGCUGUCCAAAGAAUUGCUCUUCAGUCCUGUUACAGAUGUUGACUUCAGGUGUUGAGGAAUUCAGCUCUUGGUCCACUCUGAAAAUUAAGCAUUACUGUACGGGAAGAGUAGUCUACUUGCACAUAUGCUUUCUCUUCUGCCCUUCUCUGCUUAUCCUUCUCUAAUUCAUGCUUUCUCUGGUAUUUGUAUAAUCUCAUCAUUGCACUGUAGUGUCUGGUAACAGUUUGCUGAACACAGUUAAAUUUGGACUUUCUCCCUCUCUCCCAGCCCCAUUCUCUUGGUUUGCAUCCUGCUCUACUGUGGCAAAAUGUGCUUUAGCUCCCUGAAAGAGGUCCCCACUCUUUUUUCACUUGCAUGUAUUUACACUCUCUUUUUCAGCAUAAGGAGAGUUUAUGUGAGCAAAGCUUUUUUUUUUCUCCUCUUAUGUUAUUUUUCUAGCUAGAGCUAGAGUAAUAUGUUUGUCCAUGAUGGUUAAUAAUUCGUAUCAGUGAAUCUCAAGUAAUAUUUUGGGGG